CUCGCCCCGGUCCAAACUCCACUUACAAAGCCCGACAUUAUAUCUGUCAGAGAGGAGACCUGCAUGGACUAACCCGGGACUAAUACCCAUGUUUUCCUGCGAUUUACGGCAAUGUGGCAUUCCAGAGGCUUAACGCACCUCCAAUUACCAAAGAAAGGGCUAUUAAGCUCAAUUAUUUGUUAGAACAAGAAGGAAAAGAGGAAGGGGAGUGCAUGUUACUCGGCGGGCUUCAUUUCCUCGAUGCUGAACAGCAGGAGCUGGAUGACAUGAUGCUGCAGAGCCCGCUCACCUCCACGCCGUUUUCUGUCAAGGAUAUCCUCAAGCUGGAGCAGCAGCAGCAGCAGCAGCAGCAGCAGCAGCAGCAGACCGGGUCCCUGGAGCUCCAGCACCGGGCCCACACCCAGCAGCACUUGGCCGGGUCUCCUCCCCAGCAGCAGCAGCAGCAGCAGCGACAUUUCCAAACCCCGCCGUCCUGCAUGCUCGCUGGGGCCCGGGACAGCCCUGCCUUCUCGGACGGAGAGGACAACCUGGCCUACCUCAGCGCGCUGGCGGUGCGGGAGGAGGACCGCGGGGAAACCAGUCUGUCCCCGGACAUGUACGUCCACCCCGGCCUGCAGGGAGCCAAGCUGGAGGCCGCCGAGCUGGAGGAGCAGGAGAGCAAGAGCUGCGCGCUGUCCCGGGAGGAGGCAGCGGAGGGCGGGCAGGGCGACUCGGAGAGGCCGGUGCAGAAGCAGAGGAGCCGGCGGAGACCCAGGGUGCUCUUCUCCCAGGCGCAGGUCUUCGAGCUGGAGCGGCGCUUCAAGCAGCAGCGCUACCUGUCCGCCCCGGAGCGGGAGCACCUGGCGACCACCCUCAAGCUCACCUCGAACCAGGUGAAGAUCUGGUUCCAGAACCGCCGCUACAAGUGCAAACGGCAGCGGCAGGACAAGUCUCUGGAGGCGGCGGGGCAGCACCACCCUCCUCCGCCCCGGCGCGUCGCGGUGCCGGUUCUAGUCCGAGAUGGAAAGCCGUGUCUGGGCGGUGCGCAGAGCUACCCCGCCGCUGCUCCGUACGCAUCCAACCCGUACAGUUAUAACGGAUACCCGGCAUAUACAUACAACAGCCCGGCUUACAACACCAACUACAGCUGCACGUACACUAGCAUCCCCACCCUCCCCCCCUCCAGCACCCCCAACGCCUUCAUGAACAUGAACUUGGGAAACGUGAGCGGCCUCGGCGGCUCCCCGCAGGCCCAGGCACAUCAGGGGACAGCGGUCACAUCGUGCCAGGGCUCCCUGCAGGGGAUCCGGGCCUGGUAGCCCCUCACCACCACCACAACAACUGGUGUCCUUUUUUUUUUUUUUUAAUGGAGCUCUUUCAGUUUUGGUUAACCUCUGACCUUUUAGAAGCGCGAGUUAACUCAGCCUCAGAAAACAGUGUCGCUCAUAGAACAGCUGUGAGUUUGGAUUCACCGGUCAGCUGAUCACGAAACUUUCUUCACGUGUAUUACCGCCGAAAUCAGUGCGCGUGAAGGCUGGACGUCACACAGCUGGGGUGAGAUGUAAUGUUGAGGGUCCAAGUACUGUCGGUGCUGCGCGCGCACUGAGGCCCGGAGGCUCGUGUCUCCUCAACACAACUCAAAGAGCAGAUUGGUUGUUUUAUUUUUUAAAUGUUUGUUUUUAACAUGGUAUAUUUUUAGUUUAUGGAGAGAUUGAAUUGCUUUGAAUUGUUUGUUUUUUUUUUUGGUUCAACAGAGAAUUGUUUUAGUCUAUUUCACAUCUAUUCAAAUAAAUCCAAGAAAUGAGAGAAGGUGCGUUUUCAUUCUGUUUUCAGGCAACAAAAAAAAAAAAAGAAAGAACAGAUUGAAUUUUUUUUGGAUGUUUAUCUUUCAGCUGUAGAGGCUGAAACAUUCAAAUUUAAAUACGACACUGUCACCGAGCUGAAACUAAAUAAUUAACAGAAAUAAUAUUAGAGCUGUAUUAUUGUUUCCAUGCGGGGUCACUGUGAAUCAGAUGCACGGUGGCAAAUUUUGCUCAUAAACAUAUUAAGGGGAGAGCUGCUGGAGGAGGCCAGGCCACAGGAACUCUUUGUCCCGGUGCCAGGCGACGUGAAAGGAGGAAGUUAUUCUCCAUUUGAGGUCCUUAAAAGGACGCGAUUAAGCACCUAAAAUACCCCCGAAGAGCGAGCUGCAGCCGGGCUGGGGAGCGGGAAUAAUGGCUCUUAUUGGAUUGUCGGACAAAAGGUGUGUGGUAGGCAGAGCCGGGCACUCAGCAAAGACAAAGGCGCACAGGGGCCGUGAGAUUGACGUCCUAAUAUUCCCAUUUGAGGGACAGGCAGCGGGUUACUCUGCGCGGAGAAGGGGACACGGAGGAAAAAUGUGGUCACUUUUGUUCCCCUUCAGGAGGCUUUUUUUUGUUCGCGGAGAAAGGCGCUCCGAGAUCCCAAGCCGCGAGGGUUCGGGGGCAGCCGGGCUGGAGGUGAUGGCAGCAGGGAGGCGUUUGUGUGA